AUGGGCCGGGGGAGCCGACCGUGCGCCCCGUGGGGCGCGCUGCCGCCCCGGCCGCCGCCGCUACUCCUGCUGUUCCUGCUGCUGCUCCCGCCGCCGACUCCGGCGCUCGCCCCUCGGAUCAGCCUGCCGCUGGGCUCCCAAGAGCGGCCAUCCCUCAGAUUUGGAGCAGAAAAUGUCUCCAACUACACGGCCCUUCUGCUGAGCAGGGAUGGCAAGACUCUGUAUGUGGGCGCCCGAGAGGCCCUCUUUGCUCUCAACACCAGCACCAGCUUCCUGCCUGGCGGGGUGUACCAGGAGCUGCCGUGGAGCGCAGAUGCCGAGAGGAGACAGCAGUGCAGCUUCAAGGGCAAGGACCCGCAGCGCGACUGUCAAAACUACAUCAAGAUCCUCCUGCCACUCAACAGUACUCACCUGUUCACCUGCGGCACGGCGGCCUUCAGCCCUGUGUGCACCUACAUCAAUGUGGAGAACUUCACUUUGGCACAGGACGAGGUGGGGCACAUCCUCCUGGAAGAUGGCAAGGGCCGUUGUCCCUUUGACCCCAAUUUCAAGUCCACGGCCCUGAUGGUUGAUGGUGAGCUCUAUACCGGAACAGUCAGCAGCUUCCAAGGGAAUGACCCGGCCAUCUCCCGGAGCCAAAGCCUCCGCCCCACCAAGACCGAGAGCUCCCUCAACUGGCUCCAAGACCCAGCGUUUGUGGCCUCGGCCUAUAUUCCCGAGAGCCUGGGCAGCUUGGAAGGGGACGAUGACAAGAUCUACUUCUUCUUCAGCGAGACUGGCCAGGAGUUUGAGUUCUUUGAGAACACAAUCGUGUCCCGCAUCGCCCGCAUCUGCAAGGGGGACGAGGGCGGUGAGCGGGUCCUGCAGCAGCGCUGGACGUCCUUCCUGAAGGCCCAGCUGCUAUGCUCGCGGCCAGACGACGGCUUCCCAUUCAAUGUGCUGCAGGAUGUCUUCACGUUGAGCCCCAGCCCGCAGGACUGGCAUGACACCCUGUUCUAUGGGGUCUUCACAUCCCAGUGGCACAGGGGGACCACAGAGGGCUCUGCCGUCUGCGUCUUCACCAUGAAGGACGUGCAGAAUGCCUUCAAUGGCCUCUACAAGGAGGUGAACCGUGAGACACAGCAGUGGUACACCGUGACCCACCCAGUGCCCACACCCCGGCCCGGAGCGUGCAUCACCAACAGUGCCCGGGAGAGGAAGAUCACCUCAUCCCUGCAGCUCCCAGACCGUGUGCUGAACUUCCUCAAGGACCACUUCCUGAUGGACGGGCAGGUCCGCAGCCACCUGCUGCUGCUGCAGCCCCGGGCCCGCUACCAGCGUGUGGCUGUCCACCGUGUGCCUGGCCUGCACCGCACCUAUGACGUGCUCUUCCUGGGCACUGGUGAUGGCCGGCUGCACAAGGCGGUGGCCGUGGGCUCCAGGGUGCACAUCAUUGAGGAGCUCCAGGUCUUCCCAGCGGGACAGCCCAUCCAGAACCUGCUCCUGGACGCCGACAGGGGACUGCUCUACGCCGCCGCCUCCUCUGGCGUGGUCCAGGUGCCCGUCGCCAACUGCAGCCUGUACCAGAGCUGUGGGGACUGCGUCCUCGCCCGGGACCCCUACUGUGCUUGGAGCCGUUCCAGAUGCACACACAUCAGCCUCUACCAGCCUGAGACGGCCUCCAGGCCAUGGAUCCAGGACAUUGAGGGGGCUAACACCAGGGAUCUCUGCAAUACUUCUUCACCUGGGCCCCGGUCUUCUGUACUCACAGGUGAGAAGCGAUGUGAGCAAGUCUACUUCCAGCCCAACACGGUGAACACCUUGGCCUGCCCCCUCCUCUCCAACCUAGCCACCCGGCUCUGGCUACACAAUGGUCUCCCUGUCAAUGCCUCAGCCUCCUGCCAUGUGUUGCCCGCUGGGGACCUGCUGCUGGUGGGCAGCCAGCAGGAACUGGGGGUAUUCCAGUGCUGGUCCCUGGAGGAGGGCUUCCGGCAGCUGGUGGCCUGUUACUACCCAAAGGUGGUGGACGACAUGCUGGCAGACCGAGCCGACCGGAGCGGCAGCAUCCCCGUCGUCAUCAGCACGUCCCGGGUGAGCGCACCAGUGGGCGGCAAGGCCAGCUGGGGUGUAGACAAGUCCUACUGGACCGAGUUCCUGGUGAUGUGCACGCUGUUUGUGUUCGCCGUGGUGCUCUUCAUUUUAUUCUUCCUCUAUCGGCACCGGGGUGGCAUGAAAGUCUUUCUGAAGCAGGGCGAGUGUGCCAGUGUGCACCCCAAGGCCCGCCCCGUGGCGCUGCCACCUGAGACCCGGCCGCUUAAUGGCGUAGGCCCCCCUAGCACCCCACUCGACCACCGAGGCUACCAGGCCCUGUCAGAUAGCUCCCCGGCACCCCGCAUCUUCACUGAGUCAGAGAAGCGGCCGCUCAGCAUCCAGGACAGCUUUGUGGAGGUGUCCCCGGUGUGCCCCCGGCCCCGGGUCCGCCUGGGCUCUGAGAUCCGGGACUCCGUGGUGUGA